UUUUCUUCCUUCAACAAGAGCAGGCAUUUCAAUUUGAAAACUGUCAAUGGACAUGGGUUCUGCAAACAUGAAGAAUGGCCCUGGAUACUUCUCUGAUAUGGGCUGGAAGGCUAACGAGACUCUCACGAGGGACUACCUUCUUUCUCUGAGGUUCAGCAUCGCCUCCAACUUCGGGAACGGUUGGGGUCUCACCUCCACCAUUGCGAAGUGGCAUGGAACUUACCGUGGGGAUACGACCAUACGAUAUGAAGACCCGAAUGUAAGAGCGAAUGUGAGAAUGGACGCACGGAUGAAUGUGAAACCAACCUUGAGCGUCACAAAUUUUCUGCCAUCCACCAGGUUCAUCGGUUCAUUUAACUUUCUGAAAUUCUACAAAAACAAGCUAGCGGUUGAAUACUUCCAUGAGUAUGCAACUUUAGGCGCAGCAGUUACCCUAAGCUACUUUCUCCCCAUUGACGUUUCAGCAGUUUUUGGUACGCCCUGGAUUAAUUUUGGGGGUGAGGCUACAUAUUCGGUGUUCAAUGGGACUUGGGACAAUUUCAGUGUUGGUGUAAGCUGGGCGACGCAGCAACACUCCGCUCUCUCCUUUACUCUGAUGAACAAAGGAGAGACUCUAAGGGUGUUAUAUUGGCAUCCUAUAGGGCAGAUGAAGAAGGGAGCAGUGGCAGGAGAGGUCAAAAGAAGGAUCGCCACAAAGGAAUCCAAGCUAACAAUAGGAUGCGCAUAUGCAAUUAAUCCUCACACGCUGGUAAAGGCCAGGAUGAACCAGUAUGGCUAUUUUGGGGCUGCACUGAAACAGGAGGUCCAACCAAAUACCUUUUUCACAAUUUCUGGCACCUUCGAACUCCAGGCCUUGAGGAAGACUCCCCGGAUUGGGGUGGCACUCGAGCAUAAGGGUUGAAUGCCUACCGGAUUUGGUGGUGGGGGGAUUAUUUUUUUUUUUUGGUCGGGUUACAGAAAGAGAGCUAACCUCUCACUCCCUCCUAAUCACUUUUGGCCGCCUCCCUCACUACAUUUUCUUGAAUGCGGUUGUUUGAUGCACAAAAAAUACAACAAUGUUGCAUAAAUAAAUCAAGGAUAUUUUUAAUUCCGAGCCUCUUCCAUCA